GUGUAUCUCCUUGGGAAGUGCCAUCCACGGAUUGUGUUGCAUUCUGUUCCUGUCAGAAAGUAACCAGAGAGCCGAGUGGAGCAGCAGGCCCAUAGAGGAGAGCUAUAGCCAUGUCUUCCAGCUCAGCGAUGGUGCGGAUCCUGAUAAAGGGGGGUAAGGUGGUGAACGACGACUGCACCCAAGAGGCCGACGUCUACAUCGAGAAUGGCAUCAUCCAGCAGGUGGGGAAGGAGCUGAUGAUACCAGGUGGAGCCAAAGUGAUCGAUGCCACGGGAAAACUAGUCCUCCCUGGGGGUAUCGACACCAGCGUCCACCUGGAGGAGAACUUCAUGAAUGCAACCACGGCAGAUGACUUCUACAGCGGCACCAAGGCUGCUCUAGCGGGUGGUACAACAAUGGUGAUUGGACACAUUCUACCAGAGAAGAAUGAGUCUUUGCUGGAAGCCUACGAGAAGUGCCGCAGCUCGGCGGACCCCAAAGCCUGCUGUGACUACGCUCUGCAUGUGGGAGUUACUUGGUGGGGACCCAAGGUGCAAGCUGAGAUGGAGAAGCUGGUGAGAGAGAAAGGAGUGAAUUCCUUUCAGAUGUUCAUGGCCUACAAGGACAUGUUUAUGCUGAGGGACAGCGAGCUCUUCCAGGCUCUGCAGCACUGUAAGGACAUUGGAGCUAUAGCAAGAGUCCAUGCUGAAAAUGGCGAGCUGGUGGCAGAGGGUGCAAAGGAAGCACUGGACCUGGGCAUCAGUGGCCCAGAGGGGAUUGAAAUCAGCAGGCCUGAAGAGUUGGAAGCCGAGGCUACCCACAGGGCAAUUACCAUCGGUAACAGGGCCUACUGCCCGAUCUAUCUUGUCAACGUGUCCAGUAUGGCUGCAGGAGAUGUAGUCGCUACUGCCAAGAUGCAGGGUAAGGUGGUCCACGGUGAAACAACCACAGCCCACGCUGUGCUGAACGGCAUGCAGUACUAUCAUCAGGACUGGGCCCAUGCUGCUGCCCAUGUUACCGUGCCUCCUCUCCGCCUAGACCCCAAUACUCCCAAUUUCCUAAUGAGCCUGCUGGGAAAUGACACUCUGAAUGUUGUGGCGUCCGACCACCGUCCAUUCACCAUCAAACAGAGAGCCAUGGGCAAGGAUGAUUUCACAAAGAUCCCCCAUGGGCUUCCUGGCAUUCAGGAUCGCAUGAGCGUCAUCUGGGAGAAAGGAGUGAUUGGAGGUAAAAUGGAUGAGAAUCGCUUUGUAGCAGUCACAAGCUCAAACGCGGCCAAGAUCUAUAACCUCUACCCCAGGAAAGGGAGGAUCAUCCCAGGAGCAGAUGCUGAUGUGGUGGUCUGGGACCCCGAGGGAUCUAAGACUAUUUCUGUGGAUAACCAGGUCCAGGGAGGAGAUGUUAACCUGUAUGAAGGUCUCCGUUGCCACGGUGUACCCCUGGUCACCAUUAGCCGUGGUCGUCUGGUCUACGAAAAUGGAAUAUUCACAUGUGCUGAGGGCUCUGGAAAGUUUUGUCCCCUGAGAACAUUCCCAGAUUACCUCUACAAGAAAAUGGUUCAGAGGGAAAAGUGCCAGGCUGUGAAAGCUGUUGAACGGGAGCCCUACACAGGCGAAGUUGUUGCGCUGGUCAACUCAGGAAAGAGGGAUUUUGGGGCUUCAGAUCUGGACACUCCGACGCGCCCCUCCACCCGGCACGGGGGCCAGAGGGACCUCCACGAGUCCAGCUUCAGUUUGUCUGGUGCCCAGAUCGAUGACAACAUUCCAAAGAGAUCCUCAGCGAGGAUCCUUGCUCCUCCUGGAGGGAGAUCCAGCGGCAUCUGGUAACCAGUCAGACGGCCACUACAUGAAGCGGAAGAAUGAUACCCGAGGGAAACAUAGCAAGAUGACCAAGCAAGAUGACUUGUUUUUCUCCCUGGGUCUUAGAAUAUGUGUGGGGUAAUGGAGUGAUGUUUUUAUUUUGAACUCAGCACAGGUACAUAGGACUGUAAAAUGUUAAACUGUAAAACAUUGCCGUAAUAAUAUUGGAAUAUGGAUCAAGGAAAACUAUUAAGUGGUAAUAGCUACCAAAUUUCAGUCAAAUGUUAACCAAAUACAAUAAAAACAAGAGUUUCCAAUAAUUUGCUUUGGCUGGAUCAGAUAGGGGAAAUAUCUUACUAAUAGUUUUAGUAAUAUGAAGGUAAGUCAUGGUUUUUAUGAUGCGAUUGUGUUACCUCACUGUAAAAUACAAUUUUGCACUUGUAUCAUGUACUAUUUAGAUGCCUUUUUACG